AUGCGUGAUAGUUGCGUCCAAAAUGCGAAAAAAAUCGCACUGGGGCUCCAAAGUGGUGAUAAAAGGGCCCGGAGAUUGGCGCUGAUUGACCUGGAGAAGUUUUUGUCGGACCCCAAAAACGAGGUCUCGGGUGAGGAGCUGCGCGAGAUCUUCGUCGAGACGCACAUGUACUGCUUGAACGGCUUUCGGGACAAGACCGAGGUCGUGCGGGAGCAAGCCAUCAAGUUUAUGCAUUUUCUGAUCAUUGACAAGUUGCCCCUGAAUGAUUUUUACUUGACUUAUGUUUGCCCCGUUUUGGUUGAGCGUGUGGGCACUUUGGAAUUGAUCGAAGAAUCGGAAGAAAUCAGACUCGAACUCGUCAAAUUCCUCCAAGCUAUUAUCCUCAAAUACUCAAAUAGUGAACAACUCAAGCCGUUUUUAAACGACUGUGUUGUUAUUUUGUGCCAGACCAUCACAGAUAAACACCCAGCAAUCAAGGAGCUGAGCUGCAAGUGUGUCACAGACUUGGCUGAAGCCCUCCCAAGGGACUUCCACAUGCAAGCCGAAAAUUUAAUCAAACCGAUCGUGUCUUGUUUUGGCCACCAACGCUUCAGAGUGAGAGUUGAAGCUAUUAGAGCGACUGGCGAGGUGAUCAUGCACAGCUCUUACAAGGGGCUGGACGAGGUCGUGGGCCCCCUUGCUGAAAAACUAUUCGACCAAAUACCGCUAGUUAGGCGCACGGUGGCCCAAGUGGCCGCCAGGUGGCUCCAGGACUAUCGCGACCGUUAUUCCUUCUUCCAUAAAAUUUUACCGCUACUUUUGACCGGGUUAAACGACGAGGUUGAAGAGACACGAAACGAAUCAACCCAACUGUGGGAAAAAGUCGGUUUGCAGUACCAGAAGGAAAACGAGAAGGACCUAAAGGACCAAAUUGACUUCCUGUUAGAAUUACCCAAACAUUACCCCACUGAGCUGAAACGGCCUAAUUUGGGCUGUCGUGUGCUAGUUCAGCGCAAUGUGGGUAAGUUGGCCAAGGCGCUGUCUUACGAAUUGACAAGUUGGCAGGAGGACGUGCGAGUGCGUUGUUCGCAACUUCUUUGCAGUCUUGCGUUACAUGCAGAGGAUGGUUUGACGCAAAAUUUGCAAGAACUGUUGCCUGCUAUGUAUUCAGCUGCGCGUGAUGAUGAUCAAAGAGUUGUUGUUAAUAUUUUCCGAGCUAGUGAAAUAAUGGGGUUUUUUAUACCCGUAAAAACGUGGCAACAAUUAAUACUUCCGGUUGUGGAAGAUGGGGCCCAUUUCGGGCAUUUGGUUGUUUUGGGUGGUUUUAUCAAGGGGGCGCCUUUGGAACAUGUGACUGGGUGUUUGGUCGAAAUUACGAAAGUGAUUUCGGACGAUUCGAUUUGUUACACUCGUAAAAAAAAACUUCAAACGGAAUUAGUUAAAUGUUGUGACGCAAUUUCGGAAAAAAUCUCAAAGUCCGACCCUGAGGUCGGUUUUCAUUUGUUUAAAAUUCUAAUUUCGGUGAUUUCGCUCCGCGAUCCUGAAAAUUCUCACCUCACGAUUGAAUUGCUUGAGCCCCUUGUCUCAACUUUGCAAUUUUCUGGUCUUGAUUGUCUUUGGGGUGCGUACGUGGGGCGCCUUUUGGGGCACAUUCAAAACGAGCCGAAAUCGUGGCUCGUGACCACUCCCCAACGCUGUAUUUUCGAGACAAUCCUUCUACAUUCAAACAGCGCAUUUGGGGAGAAUCUCCCCAAAAUUGGGGAAAUUCUGGCCCAAAGUUUGCACCCAGAGGCCGACCCUGAAUCACGUCUCAAGACUUUCUGGGCUUUGUCCACCGCGUUCGAUAACAAAUCUGUGAUUUUUCGAAAAUCGAGUGAUUUGGUAACGGAAUUUUUCGAAAAAUUAAUUUCGGAAAUUUUUGUUCCGUCUCUGGUGUGGAGGCCGGGUUUGACCGCCGAGGCGUUGCGCACAAUGGCAGCAUCGUGUCUUUUGUGCGCUUUAAGCCCCAUUCAAGGGGUUGAUUUAUUUAAAAGUGGGGCCGUUUUGAGACAAUUGUGCGAUAAGUUGGCCCCACUUUUGAUUUCUUUGAUGGAAGAUGCGUCCUUUAGGAGUAGACAGUUGGCGCUGGAGUGCGUCACUGUUUUGAAAAAACACGCAAGUGGGCUUGGAAUUUGGACAAAUGAUGAUUUAGUUAAGUUGUAUCCAGAAAUUCUGAAGCGACUAGAUGACCCAACUGAUAAAGUUAGGGUUUGUGCCUUGAAGAUUUUGCCCGAAAUUUUCAUAAAUGCACCUGAAGCGUUCCACGAAGCGCAUUUUAAGGCCCAUCAUGAGCUUAUUAUUGAUACGCUCUUAACACAUUUCGAUGAUGAUGAUCAGGAGGUCAGAGACUUAGUUUUUGAUGUUUUGAAAGUUAUCGCCGAAAUUAAUCGUGACCUAGUUUUUUCAAAAAUCGAGCGACAUCAGCCACUGUUAUGCAACAAAGACGGUUGUGACGCAGUUUUGAAUUACUUAAAUGAAUUAAAACUUGAUUAAUUUGUAAAUAAACGAUAUUUAUCAGUC